AUGCGUUCUGGUGCUGCAGUCAGGGCCUGCCAGAAAGUCUGCAGGUGCCUAUUGUCUGGGUUUGGAGGUCGAGUGGAUGGGGGGCAGCCUGAGCCUUUGACGGAAGGGAGUAGCUCCUUCGGAGUGCCCCUGCGGUCGCAAGCGGAGCUGCCCCGGGGGAGCGAGCCGACCGAAGUCCCCGAGUCUGGUGAGGGGAGCGAGGAGCUGCUAGAGAUCUGUCAGAGAAGGCAUUUCUUCAGCGGCAGCAGGCGGCAGCUUAGCCGACAUUCUCUUCUGAGCGGGUGCCACCCCGGCUUUGGCCCCUUGGGCAUAGAGUUGCGGAAGAACCUGGCGGCAGAAUGGUGGUCCUCCGUGGUGGUGUUAAGGGAGCAGGUCUUCCCGGUAGACGCCCUCCACCAUGAGCCAGGCCCUUUGCUGCCCGGGGACAGUACCUUCAGGUUAGUUUCAGCAGCAACUCUACGCGAACUCUUGCAAGACAAAGAGCUGAGUAAGGAACAGCUAGUACCAUUUCUUGACAACUUACUAAAAACUUCUGGGAAACUACGGGAGAACCUUCUUCACGGUGCUUUGGAGCACUAUGUUAAUUGCCUGGAUCUGGUAAACAGGAGGCUACCUUAUGGCCUUGCUCAGAUUGGAGUGUGUUUUCAUCCUGUUUCUGAUACUAAGCAGACACCUGAUGGUGUUAAAAGAAUCGGUGAGAAGACUGAGGCUUCACUGGUUUGGUUUACUUCAGCAAGAACUGCAGGCCAGUGGCUUGAUUUCUGGUUACGUCAUCGACUCCUGUGGUGGAGAAAGGGCCGAGAUGGACGAAAAAAUGUGGUUCCUUAUGUUUUAUCUGUUAGUGGAAAUCUAGACCGAGGCAUGCUGGCUUAUCUCUACGAUUCUUUCCAGCUAACAGAGAGCUCCUUUACAAGAAAGAAGAAUCUUCAUAGAAAGGUACUUAAACUUCACCCUUGUUUAGCCCCUGUUAAGGUUGCUUUGGAUGUGGGAAGAGGCCCAACAGUGGAAUUAAGACAGGUUUGUCAAGGACUAUUUAGUGAAUUACUAGAAAAUGGAAUUUCUGUGUGGCCUGGUUAUUUGGAAACUGUGCACUCCUCACUGGAACAACUUUAUUCAAAAUAUGAUGAAAUGAGUAUUCUCUUCACAGUUUUGAUUACUGAAGCUACUUUGGAGAAUGGGUUGCUACAUCUGAGAAGUAGAGACACCACGAUGAAGGAAAUGAUGCAUAUAUCCAAAGUAAAAGACUUUUUAAUCAAAUAUAUAUCAUCAGCUAAGAAUGUAUAG